CCCACUGGCGUAACAGGCGCCGAUGACAAUGACGUAAUCCGUGUCCUGCCAAUGGCGAGUAGGAAUCGAACACACACAAACACGCGACUGUUGACUUUAUGAAGCUGGCCAGAGGUUUUAGGUUUUUUCCAAGUUCUCAUAUAUAACGCGUCCCUGCUCUUUUAGAAGCGAUGGCCGGUGAGUACAAGUUUACUGUUAAAAAUAAGAGGGUGUUUAUUCCCUGCAUGUGCCUCGGGCCUGAAUAUCCGUAAAUCAUCAGUGUUCGCUGUCUCUGUAAUACAGGCUGAAGUUUUGCCCAAAUUAAAUAUAUUGUGGGAUAAAUCUUAUCUUGUGUAAGUUUUAGCUUCUUUCUUUUCCUCCUAUGGUGAGCUUUCACAGUACCGUUCAUACCGUACAAGAUCUGAUGUGAGCUGUUCGGCUGUCAGAACCAUCAGCUGCACUUGGGCUGCGUCCCAAACCAUCAGCUGCACUUGGGCUGCGUCCCAAACCAUCAGCUGCACUUGGGCUGCGUCCCAAACCAUCAGCUGCACUUGGGCUGCGUCCCAAACCAUCAGCUACACUUGGGCUUUGUCCCAUGCCACCGUCAGCUGCACUUGGGCUGCGUCCCAUGCCACCGUCAGCUGCACUUGGGCUGCGUCCCAUGCCACCGUCAACUGCACUUGGGCUGCGUCCCAUGCCACCGUCAGCUGCACUUGGGCUGCGUCCCAUGCCACCGUCAGCUGCACUUGGGCUGCGUCCCAUGCCACCGUCAACUGCACUUGGGCUGCGUCCCAUGCCACCGUCAACUGCACUUGGGCUGCGUCCCAUGCCACCAUCCCAUGCCACCGUCAACUGCACUUGGGCUGUGUCCCAUGCCACCGUCCCAUGCCACUGUCAACCGCACUUGGGCUGCGUCCCAUGCCACAGUCAACCGCACUUGGGCUGCGUCCCAUGCCACCGUCAGCUGCACUUGGGCUGCGUCCCAUGCCACCGUCAGCUGCACUUGGGUUGCGUCCCAUGCCACCGUCAGCUGCACUUGGGUUGCGUCCCAUGCCACCGUCAGCUGCACUUGGGUUGCGUCCCAUGCCACCGUCGGCCGCACUUGGGCUGCGUCCCAAGCCACCGUCGGCCGCACUUGGGCUGCGUCCCAAGCCACCGUCGGCCGCACUUGGGCUGCGUCCCAUGCCACCGUCGGCCGCACUUGGGCUGCGUCCCAUGCCACCGUCGGCCGCACUUGGGCUGCGUCCCAUGCCACCGUCGGCCGCACUUGGGCUGCGUCCCAUGCCACCGUCGGCCGCACUUGGGCUGCGUCCCAAGCCACCGUCGGCCGCACUUGGGCUGCGUCCCAAGCCACCGUCGGCCGCACUUGGGCUGCGUCCCAAGCCACCGUCGGCCGCACUUGGGCUGCGUCCCAAGCCACCGUCGGCCGCACUUGGGCUGCGUCCCAAGCCACCGUCGGCCGCACUUGGGCUGCGUCCCAUGCCACCGUCGGCCGCACUUGGGCUGCGUCCCAUGCCACCGUCGGCCGCACUUGGGGUGCGUCCUAAAACUCAGUUUCAUUGGGCUGUAUCCUUAAAAAAAAAUGAGGAAAAGCAUAAACAGAUGCUUUGGGAGGUGAACCUUGGCCCCAAAUACGGUAGCCUGCCAUUUUAUAGGAUUCAAAUAAAUGUUACUUUGGUGUUUCCAGUGUGGACUGUUUGUAUGUUGUUAGCACUUUUGUAGUACAAAAUAUGUGCAGUAGGAGGAGGCAUUGUUUGUAUUAAGUAGGCUUACUAUAGGGGCCUUUCACAAUGACAUCAUCGUAACUGCGGGCACAAAUAUAUGCGAGUGAUUUGUAAGCCCAAAUUCAAAUCAAAUCAAAUCAAGUUUAUUUGUACAGCGCUUUUAACAAUAAACAUUGUCGCAAAGCAGCUUUACAGAAUUUGAACGACUUAAAACAUGAGCUAAUUUUAUCCCUAAUCUAUCCCCAAUGAGCAAGCCUGUGGCGACGGUGGCAAGGAAAAACUCCCUCAGACGACAUGAGGAAGAAACCUCGAGAGGAACCAGACUCAAAAGGGAACCCAUCCUCAUUUGGGCAACAACAGACAGCCUGACUAUAAUAUUAACAGUUUUAACAGGUAUAACCCUCAACUAUUAUCUCCAAAUUCAGUACAUCUACAGAUAAACUUGUAAAAGUUACAUACAAUGCCAGAGACCUGUAGUGCUUUUGGGUGUAAUAACAGAUGUGGAGAGAAGCCUAGUUUAACUUUUCACCGCUUCCCGGAGAACCCAGAAAGACAAGAAAAAUGGCGAGCUUCAGUUAAACAGGAAGACUGGAUGCCAACAAAACAUUCCUGUGUGUAGAGAACAUUUUAUAUCAGGUUAGUAUGAAAGCUCUGUGCACCUAUUAUUUCUCCUAACACUUUUUUUUUAGCUCAAGGUGAUUUAGUUAUAAAAAUUCCAUAGAUCUAAUUCUAGCCUCAGCUACUCAAGUUAAUAUUCAACAAGUCCAUAAAUUGGCAUAACAUGGAUAGAACUUUGGUCUAGAUGGUAAAACUUUUAACCAAUUGCAUGGUCUGGCACUAAGUACAGUCUACUGGUACAUACACAAGCGUGUCAUACUUAGCCGUUCUACUGUACUACAAAAAAAUGCCAAAUGGAAAAUGUAUGAACAUUAAAAUAUAUAUCUGGAUGUGGGCUUUGGAAGAUAUAUAUUUUAUUAGACCUAAUGCUUGGCAAGACAAGCAGCAUGUUUAUGUACCACCAUAAAAUAUGCUACAUCUAGGCUCUGGCUUGUUUAUUGCUGUUAUAAGUCCACAUUUGAGCUUACCUUUGUCAUAAUAAGGUAUUUUUCUUUAUCAGGAAGUUUCUAUAACAUUCCGACAUGAAACCUGCCUCAAAAUAUUGGUAGGCAUCUGCGCUUUUGCAAGCCUUUAUUAUCUCCAGUGUAUCUAGAAAGUCCCAAAUACUAAAUAGUUCAGGACGUCAUAGUGUCCCAAAUCCGGUAGCUGGUUCACCAAACACUUCAAGUGGAAUAAAUACAUUUGUGGGGAAAUUAAGAAGAACAAGCCAUUAUUUCUCACGUUUACUCAAGCACAGCAAAAUUCCUCCUCUGCAUUUAAACUAUUUGAAGCGGUAAACACACAGAGAGAGAGAGAGAGAGAGAGAGCCCACAGUGGGCAAGAUAAAUAAAUACAUUUGUGGGUAAAUUAUAUGGAUCUGUGAUGCUUGCGUGUUUCAGCUUUUGGAUGUAAUGUGAUCUGCUGGUAUAAAAUACAUUUUUAAUAAUUUCAGAGAGAUUGUACUGACUGCAGUCAUCUCGAUUUUCAUUCUUAACAAUCACAACUAUGUUUCUUUGUUUGCCUGGCAAUAUGGCGGACGCUGCGCGAUAAAAAUCUGUGACAUCAGUGAAAGGCCCUUAUAGCUAAAGACUCAGUUGCUUGAUUUUGUGCAUGGGUACAAGAAUAAUUGAAACUCUAAACUGUUUCUGUUUAUCUUGGUGUAGGAUGAUGUGGCUUAACAUUAUUUAUGUGAAUAAACAUUAAAUUGUAUACAAAAUGGUACUAUACUCCUUAUUCCCUACAGACAGUAGAAUUCUUUACAAGCGUACAGGAUACAGUUUUUGGACAUAUGUAAAUAAAAAAAAAUGUGGGUUUUGAUUUGCAGUUGUCUUUAAAAUAAAACAGUCACUCACUGAGCACUCUAUUAGGAGCAACUGUAUACCUACUAAUUCAUGCAAUUAUUUAAUUAGCCAAUUAUGUGGCAGCAGUGCAAUGCAUAAUCCUGCAGAUGUGGGCCAGCAGCUUUGGGUAAUGUUCCCAUCAACCAUCAGAGUGGGGAAGACAGUAUAAUCUCAAUGACUUUGACUGUGGCCUCAUUGUUGGUGCCAGAUGAGCUGGUUUAAGUAUUAUAGCUGUUGAUCUUUUGGGAUUUUCACACACAACACACUCUAGAAUUUGAACAGUGCCAUAAAGUAAAAACAUUCAAUAGGUCAGAUAGAUCCAGUUCUGUGGACAGAAAAGCCUUGUUGAUGAGAGAGGGCAACGGAGAAUGGACAAAUUGGUUUGAGCUGACAGAAAGGCUACAGCAGUGUUUCUCAACCACUGGGUCUCAGCCAAUUAUGGCCCUUUUCCACUACCCUUUUUCAGCUCACUUCAGCUCGCUUCAGCUCACUUCAGCCUGACACGGCUCGCGUUUCGACUACCAAAAACCAGCACGACUCAGCUCGCUUCAGCCCUGCUUAGCCCCUAAAACUCGCACCGUUUUGGAGUGGGGCUGAAGCGAGCCAAACCGUGCCGAGUGAGGCUGGGGGCGUGAGCAGACACUCCCCUGUGCACUGAUUGGUGAGGAGGAGUGUCCUCACAUGCCCACACACGCCCCGCGAGCGCGCUGGGAUCUGUAAACACUGCAAACCCGGAAGAAUAAUAAUUACGAAUUACGAGAAUUUCUGAAGCCUUAUGCGCCUCGCCUCAUCUAUACGCUCUUGCCAGCAUCUGUUGGCGUUGUCGGUGACAACAAGCCACAGCACCAAGACCAGCAACACUAAUGACUCCAUGUCCUCCAUGUUUAUUGUUUACUAUUCGGGUCGUGAGACUACCGCUUAAAAGCUCACUGAUGUCACUGUUUGCGCUGCUUAACGACACGUGACGUCCACCCACUUUCGCUAACUCCACCCAAUGUGUCCACCCACUUCCAGCCAGCACGGUUCAGCGUGGUUGUAGUCGAAAUGCAACUCCAACAGCCCCGCUCAGCCCGACUCAGCACGGCACGGCUCAGCCCGACUCAGCCGCGUUUGUAGUGGAAAAGCGGCAUUAGUGGGCUGUGAUGCGCCAUCUAGUGUCCACAAAUAUUUUUCAAGUUGAAGCUAAUUUUUACUCAUAGUAGAGUACAAUUGCUGGGUUGCAUUUGACGUUACAUCCGCCUCAUUAAGCUACGGUCACACUACAGCUCGCGAUGCUUUACGAUGGGUUAUCGAUGAAAAUGAGGCAUUUUGGUGCCAAUGUAUGGUGAUAUACAUGUGAGCUAAAAGUUGUGGUCACACAGCAUGUGAACACUUGACUGUCGUGCCUUCACACGCUUGAGUCUGGCACAGCUCGAGCAGCCACGCGUGCUCACGGAGCGCUUUGUGCCUGCUUCUGGGACCCAGUUGUUAUGGGAAACACCUGAUACUGAUUUGAGCACAAUCAGCAAAUACAGACAGAUACGGAUACGGACGCUGUUUUCACAGAGGCUUUGCGAAGUAUUAUCAUUAUCACGGUCACGUUUGUUUCUAGCCAUGUUUAUAACGCUGUUUAAAUACUCUGCUUUAUGAUUCUGCUUUCUGUUUUGCUUUCGUUUUUGUAAAUAUCACACCUGCUAAUAAACAUUCUUCCUGCACUUAGAUCCGUCUACCGACGUCUAUCUUGUAGUGUCCUGAUCCCCAGAGCUUUAACCCAGUCACAUAUAAAAAGUUGUACUCCUGCAUGCUCUUCCAGGUUUUCAUCUGUGUGUCUGUGUAGAACGAUGUCUGCAGCACCAGGUAGUUUGAAAUGUCAGGGAACUCAAUGGAUGGAUAAUUUUCCAACUCAUAGGAAAAAUCCUUCUUUGUUAGCGUGUAAGGAUCUAAUCUCAUUGAGUGGUUUCUAUAUCCACUUCUUUUGAGUGUACUUCUUGGUUUUAAUAAGUUGCUUGUUUGGUGUACACAAACAUGGCAAUCAGUUCUUGCAUUAAUGGACCAGACUCCACUUUUGGAUCAUUAAUCCCUUUUGACUGAGAACGCCCUGCAUGCAUGGGUUUAUGUUGGCUUCUGGCACUUCCAUACAGUUUUAAAGACAAUACCUACAAUUAAAAACAGUUUGUUUUUAUUGCAUUUAUUUAAUUCCUGGGCUCCCAUCUGUAACAGGGAAUAAUGUUGCAUCUCAUUAAUACACUUUACAGUAGAUUAUUAGAUUCUAAUAGAAUAGAUGAGCCAAAAUAACUGGGAAUCUUUUUAAUGGGCCCGAGUCAUUACAAGUAUGAAUAGGUGGGCCUCAAAGCAGACAAGAUUGAGAACCCCUGGGCUACAGUAACUCAGAUAACCAGUCUGCAAUUGUGGUGAGCAGGAAAGCAUCUCAGGAUGCACAACACAUUGAAAUUUGAGGUGAAUGGGCUACAACAGCAGAAGAGCACGUCGGGUUCCAUUCCUGUUAGAAAACAGAAAGCGGAGGCUGCAGUGGGCACAGACUCACCAAAAGUGGAAAGUUGAAGACUAGAAAAACUUAGCCUGGUCUGAUGAAACCAUGGACCCAACUGGCCUUGUGUUAACAGUCCAGGCUGGUGGAGGUGGUGUAAUGGUGUUAGGAAUUAUUUCUUGGCAUAUUUUGGGCCUGUUAAUACUAAUCAUUAUUUGGGUGAUAUGGUGGUGUAAUGGUCAGCACUGUCGCCUCACAGCAAGAAGGUUCUGGGUUCAAGCCCAAUGGCUGACAGGGGCCUUUCUCUGUGGAGUUUGCAUAUUCUCCUCGUGCUUACAUGGGUUUUUGCCUCUGGGUGCACUGGUCUCUCCCACAGUCCAAAGACAUGCAGUUAGGUUAAUUGGCUAGUCUAAAUUGCCCAUAGGUGUAAAUAGCUGAGCUGUGUUGCAUGGUCAGACAUGAGUAGUAUGGUGCCUUUGUAUGCCUUUUACUCAGCCAUGUUGAGCUGCAUCCUUUGUAAUUCAGCUGCAAGAAAGGAUGAAUAGCCACCCCAAACUUCAAUCAAUUAACAAUUGAAAGCCACAGGCUGUUUGGGUAUUGUUGCUGACCAUGUGCAUCCCUUCAUGGCUACAAUUUACCAUCUUCUAAUGGCUGCUUCCAGCACGAUAAUGCACCAUGUCACAAAGCAAAAGUCUCAAUUUGGUUUCAUGACCAUAACAAUGAGUUCAGUGUUCUUCAGUGGCCUUCCCAGUCACCGCAUCUGAAUCCAGGAGAACACCUUUGGGAUGCGGUAGAACGGGAGAGUUACAGCAUGAAGGUGCACCUGAAAAAUCUGCAAGAAUUGUGUGAUGCUAUCAUGUCAACAUGGACCAGAAUCUCAAAGGAAUGUUUCCAAAAUCAUCUCCAUGCUACAAAGAAUUAGGGCUGUUUUGAGAGCAAAGGGAGGCCGUACCCAGUAUAAGUAUAGUGGUCCUAAUAAAGUGCUCAUGUAUUUAUUUAAGAAAUUGUUCUUUAAUGUUCAUGUCUAAUCAAGUUGCAGAACUGGUGGCAAAAUGUUUGCAGGCACGAGACAUGGCUUAUUGCCCCUAUAGCCAAUUCCCGGUUGGUGCAGCUAUUUUGACAUCAGGAGGUGCUAUAAUCACAGGCUGCAAUGUAGAGAAUGCUUCUUAUGGCCUUACAGUCUGUGCAGAACGAACCGCCAUCCAGAGAGCUGUAGCUGAGGGUCACAGAAAUUUUACAGCUAUAGCAGUCACAUGUGAUAUUGAAGAUAGUUUUGUGGGGCCCUGUGGGGCCUGUCGGCAGGUGUUAAUGGAGUUUGGAACAGAAUGGGACAUUUACCUGACCAAGCCUGAUGGAUCCUAUAAGAAGACAAGUCUGAGAGAGCUACUUCCUUUAGCAUUCAGCCCAGCUCACCUGGCAAAAGACAGCAAUUAAAAUGAUAGCUUUUUAGGAUGGUCUGUUUUGUUUGUGCUACUCUGAAUUCGAGCUGUACACCGGGAUCACUAAAACGUGGCGGGAGCAAGUAGUUUUGAACGCCCAUGCAGGUGUGGGCUGUCAGAUCUGAACCUCACAGGAUGAAGAAAGGCCAGAGAGUGUUCUAGAUGCAGCAGGUUGUUUGUGUGACAGUGUGUGAUGCCUGUGUAUGACGCAUUACUACAGUUCAUUCAUCUUCAGGAAAUGAUUUUUUUCUGGUUAAGACUGCUGUGGUUUAAAUGACUAAUUCAUUUAGAUUUUGGGGAAUAAACUUGCUCAUUAGGAAAUAUCGUGGGCAGGUACAGACAAAAAUAAGUAUAUAAAAAUAACUCUGGAACCAGAAAGGAUUUGAUCAAGCUUUCUGCAGGAGUGGGCAAGACUGGGGGAAGAGAGUCCUUACUCAAAACCUUUGUGAUGAUGUAAAUCAAACACUUGUCUUUUUUAGGGGGGGUGUCAUAGAGGAGGACUUGAUAUUUCAGAAUUAGACUUAAAAUUUACCUCAGGUAUUCUCAUCAAGUUGGACCUAUAAAAAUAAUUAUUUAGUAAUAAUCAAUUCAUAAAUUAACCAAUAAACAAUUAACAUCCUUAUUUAUUUAUUUAUUUAUUUAUUUAUUUGCACAAAGAAAAAAAAAUACAUAAUACAACCCCAAUUCCAAAAAAGUU